AUGAGUACCCAAAAUGACUCGAUUGCACUUCUUCUCUUACAAAUCACAUUAUAUCACCAGCAGGAACUAGCACAUGCAGAUUCUUCUUUGUCACUCGAUGAGCUUUUAGUGGAACCAAUAGUGGAUAAUACAGUGGUAGAGAAAUUUACAUCACAUAGUAUGGUCCAAAUCUAUGCACCUGAGCUUGCGCCCCUCAACAUAAGAUCAAUCAAGGGUUUAAUAUCUGACCUUUUCACCAAUACAAAUAUACAAGAACCUAAAAACUUGAUAACGCUAGCCAAUCAUUACUACUCAGAAAGGCUCAAUUAUCUUCAGGAAGAAAAGAUACCAGAGCUGAUACAGCAGAUGAAGGAUGAAUACAGAAAACUAGCGGAAUAA